GUCUACCGGAAAAUGGUCCUCUCAAAAGCCUAGACAAUUAAUUACUUGCGAUUUAAAGCGUUAUCAAACUUUCUCUCUCAUUUUUUUCUCGGGAAAAUCUCUGGUAUUUCCAUUCAGCAAUUUGCUCCAAUUAUGGAUGCUGGAGACAAGAAGGAUGAAGAAUCAAGCCCAUUGUUGGCAAACAAUGAAAGCUUGAGAAAUGGGCGGGUUAUGCCACAGCUAUUUACCUCGGUACCAGCUCUGAAUGAAGCUGCUUCUUAUCUUGUAGAGACAACUUCUUAUAUAACCGGCUGUUUCCCUGAUUUUUCUGAGACUUCAGCUCGGGAAUCAUGUGGACAGGAGAUGGUUACAAUUGCAUCUCAAGAAACCAGAGGAUCUCUGGCUAGUAGUCACAUGCCUUCAAGUAGAAGCCUUUCUGCAAUUUCUGGAUCAUCUAAUGCAACUGAUGCUCCACAUAUACCUGACGGAACUUCAAGGAGGUCGGAAGGAGAUUCAUCUCAAAAUGCUAAUGUGGUCGUCCAAUCAACUCAGACCAGCCAAAAUGGCAUUUCCAUUUUCCAGGGCCUGAUUGAACGGGUACGGAAGACAGUUCAGGGGUCAACUGACGACAUAGGAUGGCUGCAACGUGCUCCAGAAAUGCCUCCAGUUGAAGACGGAACUGAAAGGUUUAUGGAAAUUAUGGAUGAUAUCAGGCAUGGCCUACACAAGUUGCCAAAUUCUAUGGUUUACUUGUUGGUACCAGGUCUUUUUAGCAACCAUGGGCCGCUUUAUUUUGUCAAUACAAAAGCAUAUUUCUCAAAGAUGGGUCUGGCCUGUCAUAUCGCCAAGAUUCACAGUGAGGCUUCUGUUGAGAAAAAUGCCAGAGAGAUAAAAGAUUACAUUGAAGAGAUCUAUUGGGGUUCCGGGAAACGAGUCUUGCUUCUUGGACAUAGCAAAGGGGGAGUAGAUGCUGCAGCUGCUUUAUCCAUGCAUUGGCCUGAUUUGAAAGAGAAGGUUGCUGGAUUAGCAUUGGCACAGAGUCCAUAUGGCGGUAGCCCAAUAGCUUCAGAUAUAUUGAGAGAAGGACAGCUUGGGGAUUACGUUAAUGUACGGAAACUCAUGGAGAUUCUGAUCUGUAAAGUAAUUAAGGGUGACAUGCAAGCUCUAGAAGACCUAACUUACGAGAAGAGGAAAGAAUUCUUGAGGAAAUACCAUUUGCCUAGAGACCUUCCAGUCGUUUCAUUCCACACGGAGGCCAGCAUUUCUCCUGCAGUUCUGGCCACACUAUCUCGAGUAGCGCACGCAGAGCUACCCAUGGUCACCCCACUAUCCGCGAGCCAACCCACCAAACUCCCGGUGAUAGUACCCCUAGGCGCUGCAAUGGCUGCAUGCGCUCAACUGCUUCAAGUAAGGUAUGGAGAAAAGAGUGAUGGACUUGUGACUUGUCGUGAUGCUGAGGUCCCUGGCUCGGUCGUGGUUCGGCCAAAGCGAAAACUAGACCAUGCUUGGAUGGUUUAUUCUUCGUUGAACGAAGAUCCUUCUGAAGCUGAUGCCUCUCAAGUGUGUGAAGCUCUCUUGGCAUUGCUCGUCGAAGUUGGGCAGAAGAAAAAGCAUGAGCUAACCAGGAAAGAUGAAUAAAAGAGGACCCAAUUCAUUUUCAUUUCAUAAUCAUGUUGUUUUUAUGUCAUGUUUUAGCUUUUUUGCUGGAUCAAUAUGUUUAUUCUUUUGAAAUUUGUUGUGUACCAACAAUUUUGGAUGUUAGGUAUACCUUGUGUAUAUGUUUUAGGCUUUGGAUCCAUAUGAUAUAGCUUCCUUUUUACAUUUUACUAAGGCUGAGUUUGGUUUAGAUAUUUGGUGAGGAAUUUAGAAAGAAAAAUGAAAGGAUUAAUUGUGUGUGAAGGUUGUAUGAAUUAAUCAUGUACAAAACAUUUGGGAGAGGUUAUGAGACAAGUGCAGCUGUGCAGGUCCAGUCAUUUUGGUAGUGAAAUUGUGGUUAGCUUGAGAUGUUAUAAUUACUACUGAUACCAAAACAAAUGUUUUAAUUAUUAAUGAGUGACAGAAUUAUUAGGCC